AUGUACCCCUCCGACGACCCCACCUCGACGACUGCGUCCUCAGCACGUAGCAUCUCACGACCGUCUUCAGCCUCUUCAACACCGUCGCGUGGGCCUGCAAAGUCACUGCCAGCGGGUGCUCCGUCAACGCAGGAUUUCGAGGUGCGCGACACUCCCACCGCCGGCCGCGCCGUAUUCGCGUCUCGAUUCUUACCGGAGGGCACUCUACUUUGGCGCUCGGAUGACCUCACGUUGUAUGUCUUGCUUCGCGAAUACCGGCGCGAAGUGUGUGGACAAUGCUUCAGCUAUGAUUACGGCCGAGAUCUGCCAAUACGGGACCAGGGUGUCGGCUUUGCAUUUUGUUCUACACAAUGUCAGGAUGUGUGGGGAAUUUGGAACGGAAGCGUUGGAGUGGACGCUUGGAGGGCGGUUGAAGCGCUGGUCAAGAAAAGGAGCAAAGAGGGCGACAAGAUGGCAGAAGAGGGGUUACAACGGCCGACCAGCAAGGCAAUUACGAAAGCGUGGGAGGAAGUGGAGAUUCAAGCGUCUCUAAUCCGUACUCUGCGGGAGGUAGAGCAGUCCACGGCUUCGUCUUCGAGUCCCCAUGCAACGGAGGUUAUCGAGUCAGUGCGAAUCACUAAGCAGCACCGCAAAGCACUCUCCAAGGCGCUCCAGCGGAAGAUCUCGCCAGACGUAAUGGCCUUCAUCGUCAGUGGUAUCAUCUGGUACCACAACAAUCCGCAGGACUGGCCCAAAGUUCUCGCGCUCGCCGACGACCAAACACCUUACCACAGCGCUGACGAUCUCGCCGCCUUCGUACGCUCAUAUUUGCACCUGCUCGCUAUCCUGCCCCUUCCUCUCCUGUCCUACCUGAGUCCUGAGAUUGUGUUCUUGCUCAGCAGCCGCGACAGCCACAACUCGUUCGGAAUCCGGUCCUUGGAAGACGAUGGAAGCGAGUUCUUUGGGUAUGGUUGCUGGCCGGCAGCAAGCUACUUCAAUCACUCAUGUGGACCGAACAUCGAGCAGAAACGUGUCGGGCGCGUGUGGGAAUUUCGUGCUGGUCGCGACAUUGGAGAAGGGGGUGAGCUUAAUAUAACGUACCUGAGUGGCGAGGAGUGGAAGACGAGCCGCGAAAAGAGAAAGGGGGUGUUAAAGAAGAAUUGGGGAUUUGAUUGUGCAUGUCCGAGGUGCGAGGCGAUUUGA